AUGUUUGCUGGAGUUGAAAUUAAGCAAUUGCUCGCUGACAACCCACCUAGAAUCAUUGUCAAAAACACCGAGCCUCCGCAAGGGACAGGAAAACCUCAAACUCCCACACAACCCAAAAAAGCUAAACCUGGGAGGAAGCUAAAACCUCUGACUUUUACCAAAGAAAGAGCAAGGUCAGACGGGGAUAUAAGAGACCUACUGAAACGGAAAAGAGACAUGGAAAAGGGGAACAGCUCUCCUGAUUCAGAAUCCGAGAAUGUGGUACAGUCUCUGAAAAAACUUGGCAACGCGACUCCGAUCCAAGACGCUAACCAUGGUACAUUAAAUGCCCACUCCGAGCUGAUGCUUUUUGACUCUUUCUUUGCUGAUAAUCAAGAUGAUCUGGUUGACUCUAACGUGAACGUCAAAUCAAUCCUUCUUACACUCACUAAGGAAAUUAAAUUACUGAGAACUGAGGCUGCGAAUAAUACUGUAAAAUUGGAGAAAAGAAUAGAAACGGCUCAGGAGAGUAAUUCAUCUGCAAUCACUGGACUAAAGAAAGAACUCAAGAAUUUUGAAACAACCUGGGACAGCAAAUGGCAAGAGCUGCAAUCCAAACAGCUGGUACUUGAGACUGAGAUAGCAACAAUCAAGGAGGACCUAAAAUCACAUAGAGCAGGCGACUCAGUGAACUUGGCUCAAGAUGUUAAUCCUAACAUAACUCUCUUGGAAACGAAAAUGAAAAGACUUGACCAACUCAUAGACACACAAGAGAAAGAAGCCAAACGUAUGAACAUAAUUAUCAAAAAUCACACAUGGAGUCUGGCUAAUUUGAAGAAGGAUGCUCAGAGCUUUCUUCAGGAUAAGUUCAACGCGACGGCUGAAUUAAUGGACAUUAACCCAGUCGACAAACUAGGCAAAGUAAUCCAAGUUAAGCUGGGAUCUCUAGAAGCCAAAGAGAGGAUUAUGUCCACUAAGGCCUCGGCACUGAAAACCAGUAAACUCUCUAUCACGCAUGAUCUUACAAACAGGGAACUGUUUCAGAGAAGCAAUUUGAUAAAAUUCGCCGAGGAAAAAAAUAAGCUUGGAAUGAAAACAAUUCUGAAGGGCAAUAAGCUCAAAGUUAAUGACGACUGGUACCUCUGGGAUACUCAGUCGAACACUGUAACUCAAAUUCGUCCUAUACGCAAGAAAACCAAUAAUACUAACCACUCUCAACCCCCCUCAGCCCAGCCCGGCAGCAGCAACCUAUUCAAUCAUAUUACGUCACCAGAAGCUGAUAUUUUAUGCGUAUGUGAAACUUGGUCAACCUGUACAGUUAAACUACCAAACGGCUGGCAAAACUAUCACUCAUUCUGUGCUAAUGCAAUAAAAGAGAAAAGUACCGGAAGAGCUAAUGGUGGACUUGCUAUUUUUGUAAGAAACGAGAUCAAGCAAGAACCCUAUACGAGUUGGAUAGCUGGAUUUUUGUUCACGCCCUCGAAAAAUAUAGCUACAUCCCUGGAACUUCUCCAAACUGUUUUAGAUGAAAUAGCGGACACGUAUGGACACCUACCUACUCUUCUGACAGGAGAUUUUAAUGCAAGACUGGGCGCUCUUAAACCACUACCUGAAGAGAUAACCAAUGGUACCUUGUUAUCAUAUGAUAGAAGUACACUAGAUGAGCUAAUCACUCCUAGGGGUCGUACUCUGGCAGACUUCAUGGAUAACAAUGACUUUGUCAUAUUAAACGGAAGAACUAUCAUUGAUUCGCUUGCUCAAUAUACGUGCGCACACAUCGGACGUAGUGUCAUAGAUUUUGGAUGGAUCAACUCGGCCAAUAUUGCAGACAUCAUGGACUUGAACGUCAUACAAGAGGAAAAUCCCUCUGACCAUUUUCCUGUAAACAUUAGCCUACGACACACUUAUGAUAGCAAACAAGGACAGCCUGUCAAAUGCUCAUACGAGCUCACCUACCGCUGGAGAACCGAGCACAAAGAAAAAUACAAAGAAGCACUAAGAUUUUCAGAUAAAUUAGCUACGAAUUUUCAAGAAAAAAAUGCUGAACAACUCAGUGAGAAAUUGAUGUCAGCCAUUAAGGAUGCAGCACAAAUAACAGACAUGACUGUUAAACGCACUCAGCGUCUCAUAAACCGUCCAAAAGAGUGGUUCGAUGCCGAAUGCAAAGAGAACUUAAAAAAAGUAAAGCAGCUUUUUAAAGUCUGUAAAUCAGCUGGCUUCAAUAAAUCAGAGAAGCUAACGAAGUCUAAGAAAAUUCAAGCAAACAAAAAAAAGUUAGAUAAUCUAGCAAAUACCAAAAACUCCAGGGAAUUCCGGAAAGCAAUAAGAGACUCCAGACCCUGGCAAGCGCAAGAAAACCCAAUUAAUAUGGAAUCAUGGGAGCAAUUUUACACUUCUACACUCGCCCCAGAUGUCCCAGAUGAUACGAUGUUCUUUGGAGUUGAUCAUCCUAUGAUGGAUCAAGAUUUUACAAUGGAAGAGUUAAAUAAAGUUUUAGCACGCGCAAAGAGUAACAAAACACCCGGGCCCGAUAAAAUACAAAACGAGUUUUUGAAAAAUUUGCCGUACAACUGGAAGAUGUUUACACUAUGCCUAUUAAAUAAAAUCUUAAGGCAAGAGAUUCCACCUGCUGACUGGUAUUCCACCCUACUAACAUUGAUUUAUAAGAACGGAGACAAACUAGAUCAUCAGAACUAUCGGGGUAUUGCUCUUGUCAACCACCUGGCCAAAAUACUUAUAGGACUGAUCAAUAACCGUCUUACAAAAUGGGUGGAAGACAAUAAGAUCAUCCCAGAAGCUCAAUCUGGUUCGGCUCAUUUGAGACUAAAGGUCAACGGCCAGUUAUCACAGGACUUUAAUAUCAAUGAAGGCGUGUUACAGGGCGAACUACUCAGCCCACUACUGUUCCUGAUCUUUACUGCUGAUCUGGAGUCGUUUUUAAGAGACAAUAAUUGUGAAGGUACGAAUAUUGACGGGGUGACGGAUAUCUUGCUGCUACUAUACGUCGAUGACCUGGUUAUUCUAGCAGCGUCAGCUGUGGACUUACAAAAGAAAAUCGACCUGCUCGACCUGUACUGUAGUAAAAAUCAGCUACAG